CAUACGUCAACGGUCUAUUCAUGUGUUACCAAGGAAGCAAGGGGUUGCAUUUUUCUUGGCAGAUAGCGUUACCUUUCCAUAGUCAUUUUCGGACACACCUGCAUAGAGCUAUCACAGGACAAUGUUCAAUGUUUGCACCUAAAGCCAGCCCUGUUCGCAAUGCAUCAUGGGUAAUUCUCAACAAUUCUGACGAAACUUCCCCUUACCCCACCGUGCUAUCAGGAAUAGCCUAGGCAUAUACAUCAAGACACACAGUGGCUUGAACUGUUGAUGGUAUUUCGCAAUAUGCUCAAUCGUGUAUGUGAAAACCAGGGAUGCAUGGUAAAGUAAUACCCCGACGCCGGAUAUACAGACAUGCCCAAGCAAUGACCCGAACACACUGUCUGCGACUUUAACGUCUUAAAUACAUUUUAACGGAAACACUUCCGUACAGAACUGGGGCGCAAGUACAUAAGGCUGUCAUUAUUAAGAGGUAAAUCCUUCGUCGCAUAUUAUAAAAGCUCGGCGAUGACCGAAGACGAGAACUUGGUACGUCACACGAAGAUACGUCACAGCGAGAUAGUCAUCAAUAAGGAGGCCUCAGAUAAUCCCAGCUCACGAGAACAAGACUGUGAGAAGGAAGAACGCAGAGAAUCACCGGCAACUGUAAUCAAUGUGUACACUUACAAUCUGAAUAACUGUCGAAACGUCAGCUUCUACGGCUCACGACAGCAUGUUGACACCGCAGUUAAAAGGGAAGGUGGCACAAAUGGUUCAUCGUACACAGAGCCCCCAAGCCGAUUUUGUAUGGCAAACGAGAUAAAACAUGAAGAGUAUGAGAUUGAAAUGAGUCAACGAAACUGUCGUGACAUGGAGAUAGACGGGGAUAUCGCACAAUUUGCUCAAUCCCAAAAUGUAGUCGACAGAAAAACCCAGCCUUUGCCAGGGACCGGGAACCCCUUUAUUCCAACGAGGGCGUUCUUUGACGCACAGAAACAUCUGCAAGACAGACAUGUGGUUUUCCUCAUAGGGGGUCCUGGAGAAGGUAAAACGAUGAUCCUCCAAAAUCUAAGUCGGACUAUGGAAAAGAAUGGCUAUACCACGGUCAGUGUUGGUCACCCUGAAGAUAUAGUAUCUUCGCGCGAUAUGGGUAGUAGGAUCUUAUUCGUCUGCGAUGACAUAUUUGGGAGGGUUUAUCCUUCACGCGAUAAGAUAAAGGCAUGGGCAGAAUCAUUGCUUCCGGAUUUGUCUAUCUGCAACCCGAGCUGCGAUGUCAAAAUUGCCAUCUCUUGCUGCAGUCGAAUAUGGAAACAAUAUCAAGCAGAUUUUGGCCACGUCAGUUUGUUUCAAAAUCCCGUCUGUGUGUCUUCUUCAAAGUUGACGGGUAAGGAAAAAGUUGAAAUGAUCCAAGCGCAUUUUGUCGAAUCUGGAACAGUUGUUGACUCAAACAAUAUAAGUCUGAUAACGUCAGUAACCGAUGCUGUUGCCUUCCCGUACUGUUGCCGAAUGGUGGCGACGGAAUAUUUUGGCAACAAAAGUGGCCAUUACAUAAAUAACUUUGCUGAUGUAUUCAGAAAUCCGGCAAAUAUCUUGUGUCCUGCAUUAAAACGCCUGGAAGGUCAGAGUAAGGUUGCAUACUUCACAAUGAUAUUGCUGGCAUUCAGUGAUGGGACCUUGAGCAAUUCAGAACUAAUUAACUUGCUUCAAAAGGAGAAAACAUUGACACUGUUUAGAGCCUUAUUUGCGGAAGAUAUCGAUGGAUAUCUUCCCCAUUUUCCUCAAAACGUUGCAAGGUUCAUAUGUUCCGAAAGUUUUCAUUUUCUUAAAUUUGUUGAAGACGAAGAAGGCGAAUGGUUGUUUUCUAUCCCAGACCACAUCGUGUUGAACACAAUCAUCCAAAAACUGGCUGGAACAAAUAUUAACGAGAUCGUGGAAUAUGCCCCACCUGACUUUAUCGUCGAGAAAUGUCGUCUGAAAACAUGUUCACCAUGCGAGACGAUGGACGAUGGCUGUAUAUGGCUGGACCCUGAUGCUUACACAGCCUUCGCCAGUGUCGUAACGGAGGAAGUUAUACGUGGCAAUGCUCCGCAUGUCUUCUCAAACCCAGCAGUAGAGGACACUGCUUUCCAGACGUUUUGGAUAAAUUACCUAAAACAACUUUCCAUCGAAAAGCAGGUUUCCUUCGCGAACUCGCAUUUUCUUCGCUAUUUCGUAUCUCAGCUAAAGGAGAAGGAAUUCAUGCAAUACGUCAUGGAAAGAUCAUCAGCCCGCCCUGCGGAAGGCUACGAUUUCAUGCUAGUUUUAUACAGGGCUGCGAUUGGAGGACAAUUCAUUAUGUUGAGCAAAAUGAAAAAGGGAAAGCUCAAUGUCAUGGGUGAAAACUCUCAGUCAGCGUGCAGCUUUGUUUCAUUGCUCGGGAAACCGGAAGCACUAGCAACCCUUCUCCGGUUUGGGUGUAAUCCGAACAUCUUGGACAUAGCUUCCAAGAAAUCACCGCUUCAUCACGCGGUAGAGAGAGGUCAUGGUAAGUUAGUGGAAAUUCUUAUUGAUUUCGGGGCUGAUGUGAAUAUCGCAGACAAGGACAACGUGCGCCCACUUCACCUUGCUGCAUGCCGAGGUUCUGUGGAGAUUGCUGAGGCGCUGAUCAACGCCCAAGCAGUGGUAGAUGUCAGGGACCGCUGGGGAACCACUCCGUUACACCACGCUGCGGAACAAGGCCAAGAGGACGUAACUCGACUUUUGGUCGAGUAUGGCGCAAGUAUCCGCCUGCAAGAUGCCAAUCAUCAAACUGCGCUGCAUUUCGCUGCAAAAAGUGGGAAUCCCGCUGUUUUUUCGCUCCUCCAGCUUCGAGGAGGGGACAUCCAGCAGAAAGAUGUUUGGGGCAAGGCUGCUAUGGAUUACGCGAAGAAAAACGAGCGUUGAUGUUCCGCAAAGAUUACCAAGGCGCUGAUUUUUUCGCGAAGAUUAUCAUGUCAUGUCACUGUACACGAACAGCGGACAUGCGUCAGCUGGUGGCGGAGACUACGAACAGUGGAGGGAUACCCUCUGGAAUCAACGAGAUUGACUCAUACGAAAAGCCUACACGAAACGCCUACAUGAAAAAUGGCAAAUCUGAAAAAGAAGUCUGAAAUUCAAACUGCAUAUACCAUACAUACUGAUAUUUGCCAUAUCAGUAGUGUAUUUCCCGCAUAUCCUUCGUAGCGAGAAUUAAAUUUCAUUUUCAUUGCAAAGAACCAUUUAUUCUCGCAGAAUCACAUUUGUCUCGUGCUAUCUGAUGUCCUUUCUGUCACCCUAGAGGCGGAGCCGAGUUAGUGUUAAAUUCGUUUAAUGCACUAUCGCCAAUCAAAGGUUCAGAACGUUGAUUUAAAUGAAUUUAUGUUUGUUGUUUUCUAGCUGCACGUAAAAUUGUGUACAUUUAAAAGAAUUAAGAUGCCUUAACGCAUUGUAUUUUUGACAACUUUGCAUAAUAGCUU